AUGAACCCUUCAAGCUCUGCACCAGAGCGCUGCGGGCGCUGCGGGCAGACUGCCUCUAUUUCCGGCGGCCGCCGCGCUUCAACUUCAUUGAAACGCAAGGCCGACCACGGCAUUGAGAGCGGAGCUACUUCGGCCAAGCGCCUCCAGAGUGUCAAGAAUGCGGGUGAUGUCGACAAAUUCAUGACGACUCUCGUGCCAAUGUCGACCCAGCCCGGCUCCGUCGCCGGUGAUGGGACGACUGUCUCCUUCCUUUCACUGCCGGCCGAGCUCCGACUUCAGAUAUACGGGCUCCUUUUCAAGGCCGACAGGCCUGUUUUCCCCCAGGUGAUGGAUGGCCCCAUACAUCCAGCCCUUAAAUCGGGCUUUCCAAAGGGUGUUGUCCUUGCCAUGGUCUUGGCGAACAAGCAGAUCUCGGGCGAAGUGACACACUUCAUCUUCAGUAGCAACUCUUUUUACUUGAGGGCAUCCCCUCACUUCCACGACUGGCUCGCCCGUAUCGGCCUGCAAAACUCUCAUCUCGUCCGGGAGAUUACCGUCUUCUGUCCCCGCACAAAAACGGUCAAGGAAACCAACGAGCUUCUCGGCCCGACUUUCCUCACCCUUCGGCGCUGCACUCCAAAUCUCCGCCAACUCGUUAUACAGAGCGACAACUGGGAACAUUGGAGGGGCACAUUCGCCAUCCGAAGCCUGAUCUGGUUCACCAAGCGGUACUCGUGGAAGAGGACGUUCCCCAGCCUCCGUCAUCUGACCGUCAAGACCGUUGAGUAUUGGGAUUCUGAGUACAGUACGUAUCGUCGGACAUUUUACGACACGUUCUUCCAUCGGACGCAGCUCCCAGUCACGGGCAUAAAUAAAGUCCGCCCCUGGAUCUGGAUGUCAAACUCCUACCAUGACGACUGGAUCCUUGACCAGUGUACCCCCAACGGCGUAGUUUGGCUCCGCCUGCCCGAGAUGGACGAAGGCAGCGCCUAG